UUUUUUUUUUCACUUUUCACUCGAUUGAAACCAUGGGAAGAUUCCAAACUAAUAACAAUAAAAAGAAACCUACAACAGCAGCAACAAAGUCAAAAUCCAAAAAGUCAAAAGAACCUUCUACUUUUGAAGAAUUUAUGGAAGAUGCUGUUGGGUUUGAAGAACAAGGAGAACGGUAUGCCAGUGGUGAUCGUGCUCAACGCAAUUAUGAACGUGCAUUGGAUAUGUAUAGCAAGGCCCAUGCUUUGAAUGAUCAAGAUGCAGAUUGUCUUUACAAUUGGGGUCGUGUUUUGUUUAUUCUUGUUGGAUUUUUACCUGCUCAUGCUGCUCCUGAAGAAAAAUUGAUCAAACUGGAUGAAUCGAUCGAAAGGUUUCGACACGCGUUAAGGUUAGAAUCUCACAACAAGACUGAUGUGGAAUUUAAUUUGGCUCAAGCAUUACAUUUACGAUCCGAAUUAUUGCAAGAGUCUUCCGAGAUUGAAAAUGCUUAUACACAAUCUGCUUUAGCGUUACAAGAAGCCAUCUCUUUGUUUGAUACUGUCUAUGAAUUGCAAGAAAAGGAAUAUCUUCGAUACCAAAAUAACAAGAAUGAAGGAGAUCAAACAACGACAGAAACAACGAAAAAUGAUGCUUGUACCGCAAAUCACAAAGAUGAGCACGUCGAAAAGGAUAUCACAAAUGACAAAGGAACAACGGAAGAUAAUAAUCAAUUCACAACGGUGACACAGAUGGAGGCGACAACAGCUUAUUCACUGAUUGAUACACUUCUUUCAACGGCAGAUGCAAUGACGACGAUGGCAUCCAUGAUGGCAGUCUAUGCAGAUUCACAAAAGCUAUUUAGUCGAGCUAGGGAGAAGCUAUCACGAGCGGAAAAAUGGUUGGCGGAAACGGACGAGACAGACAAGGAAUAUAUCAAGGCAAGAUCACAUCUUUUACUUAAACGUGGACAAAGCUACUGUGCGUUGGCAGACCGUGCUUUUUUGGCGACUGGCAAGGUGGAUGCACAUUUAUAUGAGCAAGCAUUGAUACCUCUAGAGCGUGUGACGGAAGAUCUGGACCCCAAGAAUGUAGAAGCAUUAUGUGAUCAAGGUGAUGUGCUUUCUCGAUAUGCACAAGCGAUCGUGGACGAAGCUGAUCAACAAAAAUCUCUAUCCCAAGCAACUGGCAAGGAUAUAUGGCAACUCUACAGCAAGGCAUCCGAAGCAUUCCAAAAGGCAUUGAAACUUGAAUCCAAAAAUUUGCAUAUCUUGAACAAGGCAGGUGACAUCAGUAUGGCAAGAGCACAAUUACCACUUCCAGUGGCGGAACGCAAUCAAGUACAAUUGUUGAAGAAUGCUCAAUUUUAUUAUAAACAGGCAGUGGAGACGGAUGCACAACAGCACGCUGGAUGGAUAGGAUGGUCGUACGCUACUUGGGCGCUGGGUGCAUGGGCUGAUGUUGAUGGCAAGGAAGCAGAUGCUCGUAAAAUUUUUACCUCUUGGCUUAAACGUGCUGGUGGCAAUGAAGAUCUAUUCCAACGAUUGACUGAAGAUAACGAUACCGUGGAUGGAGGUUUUGUCAACUGGGUAGGCGUUAACUUUUUUGGUGCUGAAGAAGAUGAAGAAACGGAUGACGACUCAUGAUUGACCCAUAUGUAACAAGUUUUAGUUUAGAUUUUAUUAUGAUGAUUAUUUUAGAUUCUGAUUUGAACUGAAUAAAAUAGACUUUUAUAUGAUGAUGA